GAACCUCAGCGCGCAGUGGCUCCAUUCACCCGCUCGGGGGAGGAAGACUGAGGCAGGCGCCCAGCCCCGCGGAUCUGCACCAGGCCUGGUUCCGCGAGGGGCGCCCAGGUCACGCCGGAAGCUUCUCCCGGACCCAGUCGGGGAGCAGGAAGCCUUCACCAUCAAGGUCUCUGCUGGCCAGUGCCAUCCCAGACGUGCCGCAGAACCAGCCUGGGAAAGAGAGGGCAGAAGCCCCUGCCAGCCCAGCCGGAAGUCCCUGCCACGGUAACCAGGCCAUCAAGCGGGGACAUGCUGCGUCCACACUCGCUGCUCACCCUGGCGGGUCUGCUGUUCCUCGGGUCUGUCCUCUCCCAGGAGUGCACCAAGUACAAGGUCAACACCUGCCAGGACUGCAUCCAAUCGGGGCCUGGCUGUGCCUGGUGCCAGCAGCUGAACUUCACCGGGCCGGGGCAGCCUGACUCCAUUCGCUGUGACACACGGGAGCAGCUACUCUCUAUGAAAUGUGAGGCUGAUGAAAUCAUGGACCCCAGGAGUGUUGUUAGGAGCCAGGACAACCAAAAGGGGGGUCAGAAGCAGCUGUCCCCACAGACAGUGACGCUCUCCCUGAGACCAGGUCAGGCGGCUGCGUUCAAUGUGACCUUCAGGCGUGCCAAGGGCUACCCCAUCGACCUGUACUACCUGAUGGACCUGUCCUACUCCAUGCUCGACGACCUCAUCAACGUCAAGAAGCUGGGGGGCGACCUGCUCCGGGCCCUCAACGAAAUCACCGAGUCCGGCCGCAUCGGCUUCGGGUCCUUUGUGGACAAGACGGUGCUCCCCUUCGUCAACACACACCCCGAGAAGCUGAGGAACCCGUGCCCCAACAAGGAGAAGGAGUGCCAGGCCCCGUUCGCCUUCAGGCACGUGCUGAGUCUCACCGACAACUCCAAUCAGUUCCAGACAGAGGUGGGGAAGCAGCUGAUUUCUGGGAACCUGGAUGCCCCCGAGGGCGGGCUGGAUGCCAUGAUGCAGGUCGCCGCGUGUUCGAAGGAAAUUGGCUGGCGUAACGUCACGCGGCUGCUGGUAUUUGCCACGGACGACGGCUUCCACAUCGCGGGCGAUGGGAAACUGGGCGCCAUCCUGACCCCCAACGACGGCCACUGUCACCUGGAGGACAACAUGUAUAAAAGAAGCAAUGAGUUCGACUACCCAUCGGUGGGCCAGCUGGCACACAAACUGGCCGAAAACAACAUUCAGCCCAUCUUUGCUGUGACCAAGAGAAUGGUGGGAACGUACGAGAAGCUCACUGACAUCAUCCCCAAGUCGGCCGUCGGGGAGCUGUCGGAAGACUCCAGCAACGUGGUGCAGCUCAUUAAGAACGCCUACAACAAACUCUCCUCCAGAGUCUUCCUGGAACACAGUACCCUUCCCGCCACCCUGAAAGUCACCUAUGACUCCUUCUGCAGUAAUGGAGAAUCGCAGGUGAACCAGCCCAGAGGGGACUGUGAUGGCGUCCAGAUCAACGUCCCGAUCACCUUCCAGGUGAAGGUCACAGCCACGGAGUGCAUCCAGGAGCAGUCGUUUGUCAUCCGGGCGCUGGGCUUCACGGACACAGUGACUGUGCGUGUCCUUCCGCAGUGCGAAUGCCGGUGCCGGGAGGUGAGCCGGGACAUGAGCCAGGACCGCAGCGUGUGCAGCAACAAAGGCUCCAUGGAGUGUGGCAUUUGCAGGUGCGACGCUGGCUACAUUGGGAAGAAUUGUGAGUGCCAGACGCAGGGCCGCAGCAGCCAGGAGCUGGAAGGAAGUUGUCGCAAAGACAACAACUCCAUCAUCUGCUCGGGGCUGGGGGACUGCAUCUGCGGGCAGUGUCUGUGCCACACGAGUGACGUGCCCAAUAAGAGGAUCUUUGGGCAGUUCUGCCAAUGCGACAAUGUCAACUGCGAGCGCUAUGAUGGGAAAGUCUGCGGGGGUGACGACCGGGGGGAGUGCUUCUGUGGCAAGUGCCUCUGCAAAGAGGGCUUCGAGGGCUCGGCCUGCCAGUGCGAACAGUCCACGAAAGGCUGCCGGAACUCGCGGGGGGUUGUGUGCAGUGGCCGUGGCCAGUGCCGCUGCAACGUGUGUGAGUGCGAACCAGGCUACCAGCCGCCCUUUUGCGAGGAGUGCCCGGGCUGUCCAUCGACCUGUGGCCAGCACAUCUUCUGUGCCGAGUGCCUGAAAUUCGACAAGGGCCCCUUCGAGAAGAACUGCAGUAUGGAGUGCCAGAACCUGAAGCUGCUGAGUGAGCCCCACAAGCCAGGUCGGUUCAGCACCCCCAAGCAGACCCGGAGGUGUAAGGAGCGUGACUCGGACGGCUGCUGGGUGACCUACACCUUGUGGCAGCAGGACGGGAGGGACGGAUACGACAUCCACGUGGAUGAGGCCCGAGAGUGUCCAGUGGGCCCCAACGUUGCUGCCAUCGUGGGAGGCACCGUGGCAGGAGUUGUGCUGAUUGGUGUCUUCCUGCUGGUCAUCUGGAAAGCCUUGACACACAUCAGCGACCUCAGGGAGUACAAGCGCUUCGAGAAGGAGAAGCUCAAGUCUCAGUGGAACAAUGAUAAUCCCCUUUUCAAGAGCGCCACCACGACAGUCAUGAACCCUAAGUUUGCUGAGAGUUAGGGGCUCUUCAUGAGGACACAGCUGUCUGAACCAGCCAGAUGGAAGCACCCCCAAACCACAUCUCCUCCAUCAGGCCAACCCUACCCUGCCCGCAGACUUGGCUUUCAAUGCCUGGCACUUUCAGCCGUUAAUGAAAAAUGUACAGUUUCUUCUACCCUCGAAAUGUCCAGGUGAUUCUUUGCACUUGUCAGGAGAAGCAGCCUCCCUUUUUACAUGUACGACCUUUGAUAGACUUGAAAAAGGGAUUGCUCGAGUCUGAUGAGGUUAGAUACCUGUUUUCCUGUGUAAAAAUGAGGAUGGCCGUUUGAUUAUAGGUGUUAAAACGUAUUUAUAUUUGUACUUUUCAGGGUAUAAAAUCACAUCCAUUGGUUA